ACCCGUUCCUACGAGUCUUAAAAACAUCAGUGUAAUUACUUCCUCAACAUCACCCUCGCUAAUCCCAUAAACCUGUAUAAAAGCCUCAAUUAGGUCACCACGCCAUUACCGCCAUUUGGUUUGUUAUUCACUCAUUUAGUGUGCCAGACAAUGAGUCCGUUAGUCGGUGAGUGAGUCAGUCAGCCACUUGCCUCGUUAGUUAGCUGGUUCGUCAGACAUGGAGCCGAUGCAUCCUUCAGUGAGGUCGCUCAACAUUCUCCUAAUCAGUGCGUCAGUCAGUCACUUUGUUAAUUUUUUCGUCCGUCAAGCAGUCAUGGAACUCAGUCAUGUCAACCAAACCUCCGUCAGUUCAAUCGGUCAGUAAUCAGGUAGUCUGUCACAAGGUGCUUUCCAAUUCUUACGUUUCAUAUCAAUAAUAAUGUCGUGAAAAGAAACUCUGAUAACUUGGGCUGAAAUAUGGAAGAGAUAUGUGGCGUGAGUGGCGGUGUGGUGUCCGUAGUGUUAGGGGCGUCGUGGUGGUGGGUGUUGUGCUGGUGCUGAGUGUCGUCCUGUCGCCACAGAUGCGUGCUGCCGUGCUGAUCCUCGCCGUCGUGGUCGCCUGUGUGGCCAUGACUUCCGCUGAGCCCACCUUCGGCCUCGGCGCCGUCGCCCUAAUCCCCCUAAAGAUUGCCUUCAAGGUCGCCGCCACUGCCUUCAAGCCUUUUAAAUUCCUUGGGAAGCGCUCCGUGAGGGACGACUCAGAUACUCAGGAGAUGGUGCUGGCCUCCGUGGCUCAGCUGGACCCUAACGGUUGCCUCCUGAAGCUGCUGUGCCACCUGCAGACCAAGGACGUAUCUGAGCUCUCUUACCACGAGAAGAACCUGGCAGGCAUGUUCCACGAGACCUCUGAGGCUGCCACCCCCUACAGCACCGCCUUCGUCUAUGCCGUGGGGGUUGGCAACAAGAGUCAGAACCCCGCCACCUGCGAAAAAAUCUUCGCCAAGUGUCCUCUUGAGUACGUCCAGCUGACCGCCGUCCUUAAGGAGGUCCAUAGCUGUCCUACUCAGGAGUAAACUUGUCUUCCUGUCUGCUACCGCCCUCCUGCACGGCGCUGGCAUGGCGGCUCAGCGGUGCGGCCCUGCCUACGUCAAGAGGAGGUUGGCAUGAAGGUCUGGCUGGCUGGCUGGCUGGCUGGCUGGCUGGCUGGGUGGCGUUAUGUGCUUGAUUGUCUUCUCAUGUUCAUCUACCUGGCUUGUCAACCGACUUACCUAUACACCUGCCGGCGUGUACCCGCCAACCUUUCCACCUGCCCACUACCUCUGUUUGUCUGUCUGUCCCAUUAAUGGUAUGAUACACACACACACACACACACACACACACACACACACACACAUCUAGGCUUCCUGUACUAACGCCUAUGUAACAAGAGCGCCGCUCUUUGUAUCUUGCCUGGCAAUAAAGACAUGUCCCCAACGCCUUGUUUGACGCCCCAUCACGCGAGCCUCGUUUUGUGGCUGGCGCUCACACUUUUACGCAUAUACCAGCGACAACGAAACACGGAAUUUUUCAACAGCGUACUAGCAAGAGGAGGU